AUGAGCGAUUAUCCAUUUGUUAAUGCACGGGAAGGGAGAGAAAAGCAGCGAUAUGACGGUGAAACGCGUCUUGUCGUUGGUUGCGUGGUUUAUUCGGGAGACAAAUUCUUGCUGAUAUCAUCGCAUAAGCGAAAGGAUAAAUGGGUUUUCCCGAAGGGUGGUUGGGAAUCAGACGAAACGGAAAGCGAAGCUGCAAUCCGAGAGUGCUUUGAAGAGGCGGGAAUUGAGGGUACGUUUGGUGACUGUAUUUCUACUAUUGUGUAUCCGAAUAAGUUGGGAAAGCCUGUUCAGUGGAGAUUAUUUACGAUGAAAUGUACAAAGGAAUAUGAUUGGUGGCCAGAAAAGGAUCAUCGCGAUAGGAAGUGGGUGAGGAAGGAGGAUUUGGAAGGUUUGAAUAUCUGCCCACUCACACAGCAGCAUAUUCCACACGUUUUGGAGUUUUUAAGCAAACAAUGAACAAUGUAAUCGUUUUU